AUGGGCAAAUCCAAACCCAACGGCCACCGUUCUAGACCCUCCACUGAGGCUAUCCUCCACCAACCCUCCGCACAUGUCAAAGCACCAAGCCGCAAAAGCAAACCCAUCGCAACACUUCUAGACGAAGCCGCCUCUCUGCUCGACGAGGGUCAGCCCGAUGCUGCCCUACCACUUGCGCAAGAAUGCAUGCGACGGCUGCAAACCGAGCAGCCACCUCCGUCCAAACUUCCCAAUACUGACUACACCACUACCCUCCUCCAACUCACCGCCCAAGAAAAGCCCACCCUCCCACAAGCCGUCGUGCUCGUCGCUGAGACCUAUCUCGCGCUCGGCGAUACUCAGUCCGCAACAACACACUUCGAAGCUGCCGUCCGACUCGACCCCGAAGGACAGAUUAUCUCUGCGGAUCCGCUGUGCAAUCUCGCGCAGCUGUGCGAUGAGGGCGGUACGAAGUCUAUCGAGUACUUCGAGCGCGGGUGCGAAGUUCUACGGAAUGAGAUCAGAGGCUUGAAAGCACUGCAGCAAGCAGACGAGGACGGAGACGAAGACACUUUGCUCACCGACAUGAAACAAGCUCAACUCGCCGACGUGCUCUGCGGGAUGGCCGAGGUGUACAUGACGGACCUGUCGUGGGAGGCGGAUGCGGAGCAGAAAUGCGAGGCUUACGUCACGGAAGCGCUGGCGAUCUGCCCGGAAGCCUACUCAGCGGGCACGCUGGCGGCGUUGGCGAACGUGCGCAUUUCACAAGAGCGGAUAGAUGAGGCACGGGAGGCAUUGCGGCGGAGUUUGGCGGUGUGGGAGGACAUUCCGGCGGAGAUUGAGAGUGAUUCACGACCAGACUUUGCGAGCCGCAUAAGCUUGAGUCGGCUGCUGAUGGAGGUGGGCAUGUUGGACGAGGCGAUGGGUGCGAUCGAGGGUCUACUAGGCGAGGAUGAUGAGAGUGUCGAGACCUGCUAUCUGGCUGGUUGGUGUCAAGUCCUGAUGGCGGAGGGUGAAGAGGAGCAGGAAAAAUCAGCGACGCUCGCGAAGGACAGAGCGAGGGCAUAUAUUGAUAUGUGUUUGCGGCUUUACCAGGCUCAAGGAUACGAGGACGAGAAGCUGCGGGACCACGCAUUAGAGUUGAGGCAAAGUCUGAACAAGGAGUUGGGCAUUGAGGAUGGUGAGGAGGAGUGGGAAGAUGAGGAGGAUGAGGACAUCGAUGGCGAUGUUGAAGUGAUCGAGGAAGAUGGCGUGAACGGCUCAAACCACAUGAAGGACAACGACAGCGAUGUCGACAUGACUUGA